AUGCAGGGGGCCUGGGUGCUGCUGCUGCUACUGGGGCUGAGGCUUCGGCUCUCCGUUGGCUUCAUCCCAGCUGAGGAGGAAGACCCAGCCUUCUGGAACCGCCAGGCAGCCCAGGCGCUGGAAGCCGCUAAGAAGCUGCAACCCAUCCAGACAGCUGCCAAGAAUCUCAUUAUCUUCUUGGGGGAUGGGAUGGGAGUGCCUACAGUAACAGCCACUCGGAUCCUAAAGGGGCAGAUGAAUGGCAAGCUGGGACCUGAGACACCCCUGGUCAUGGACCAAUUCCCAUACCUGGCUCUGUCCAAGACUUACAACGUGGACAGACAGGUGCCAGACAGUGCAGGCACCUCCACUGCCUACUUGUGCGGGGUCAAGGCCAACUACAAGACCAUUGGUGUAAGUGCAGCUGCCCGCUAUGACCAAUGCAACACAACACAUGGCAAUGAGGUCACCUCUGUGAUGAACCGAGCCAAGAAAGCAGGGAAGUCCGUGGGAAUCGUGACCACCUCGAGGGUGCAGCAUGCCUCUCCAGCCGGCACCUACACACACACAGUGAACCGCAACUGGUACUCAGAUGCCGACCUGUCUGCUGAUGCGAAGACGCAGGGCUGCCAGGACAUCGCCACGCAGCUCAUCAACAACAUGGACAUUGAUGUGAUCCUGGGUGGAGGCCGAAAAUACAUGUUUCCUGAGGGGACCCCAGACCCUGAGUACCCACAGGAUGCCAAUCAGAACGGAGUCCGGAAGGACAAGCGAAACCUGGUGCAGGAGUGGCAGGCCAAGCAGCAGGGUGCCCAGUAUGUUUAGAACCGCACAGCACUCAUGCAGGCGUCCAAUGACCCCAGUGUAACACAUCUUAUGGGUAAUGACCCCCCCCACACUCUCACAAGCGAAAAGGACACACUGAUCCUUGUCACUGCUGACCACUCUCACGUCUUCUCUUUUGGUGGCUACACACUGCGUGGGACCUCCAUUUUCGGACUGGCCCCCAGCAAGGCCUCUGAUGGCAAGUCCUACACGUCCAUCCUUUAUGGCAAUGGCCCUGGGUACCAGCUCAGCAGAGGCACACGGCCCGACGUCAAUGACAGCCAGAGCGGGGACCCCACGUACCGGCAGCAGGCGGCCGUGCCGCUAUUGAGCGAGACCCACGGCGGCGAG